CCGAACUACAUCUCUCUAAUGAUUUCUGGGUUUUUGCAUUUUAUGGCUAGUUUGAUGUUUGAUAUGACAUUUGGCAAUGAUUCUAUUCUCUUUUUAUAUUAUUUUGUUUUUUUCAAUUGCUAUUUUUGUAUAGUUUUCCACAUAUAUUCCCAUUGUUGGGACUUGGGAAUGGAAUGUAUUCUGAAAUUAAGCAGAUGAUGAUCUUGGAAUAAUGGUUGAGAAUGGUGCAAAGUGGCUCCGCAUGCAAAGGAUAAUUUUUAGCUAAUGUUUUGUGAUCGUUUGGCUAUGCAUAAAUAUGAUGCUGUUAAUCAUACAUUCAAUAUCUUGAUGGGUCACCGCUACAAAUUCAGCAUAGUUCCAUUAAUCUGUUCCCAAUAUGUUAUCCCAAAUUGUAGAUUAAAAUUCUGUCCUCAGAUCAAGUAAAUUGCCCUCUGGGUGUUAUCUCAUCGUUGGAUUAACAUAAUGGAUGAAUUGCUUGGUACUAUAGCAAAUGCAGGUUAUGUUCUCAUCAUAUUUCUAUCAAUCACACUUGUGUCAACUGCAAGGCCAUUCUAUCCUCUGCCAAGUAAAAUAAGCCAUGGUACCAAACAGCCUUUACAGACUUCUCGUCCAUUUAAUGUUGCACAUAGAGGAUCAAAUGGAGAGAUUCCUGAGGAAACUGCUGCUGCAUUCAUGAGAGCCAUUGAAGAAGGAGCAGAUUUCAUAGAAGCAGAUAUUCUAUCCUCCAAAGAUGGUGUUCUUAUAUGCUUCCAUGAUGUUACUCUUGAUGACACAACUGAUAUUGCAGAUCACAAAGAGUUUUCAAAUCGUAAUUGGACCUAUGAUGUUCAAGGGGUCAACACUACUGGCUUUUUCCCUGUUGAUUUUACCUUUGAAGAACUUAAGACAUUGCGGGUGAAACAGAGAUUUGCAUUCCGGGAUCAACAGUAUAAUGGAAAAUUUUCUAUUAUCAGCUUUGAGGAGUUCAUAUCAAUUGCACUGGAUGCACCAAGAGUUGUGGGCAUAUACCCAGAAAUAAAAAAUCCUGUACUCAUCAACCAGCAUGUGAAGUGGCCAGGUGGCAAGCGAUUUGAGGACAAGUUUGUUGAGACUCUUAAGAAGUAUGGAUAUAAAGGUUCUUAUAUGUCAAAAGAUUGGCUGAAACAACCUAUUUUUAUCCAAUCCUUUGCUCCAACUUCGCUCGUGUACAUAUCAAAUCAGAUAGAUUCACCCAAAAUCUUCUUGAUUGAUGACAUUACAAUUCCAACUCAAGAUACUAAUCAGUCAUACUGGGAAAUCACUUCUGAUGCUUAUCUAGACUACAUUAAGGACUACGUAGUGGGAAUUGGACCCUGGAAGGAUACAGUUGUUCCUGUGAAAAUUAAUUAUAUGCAAAUUUCUACAGAUCUUAUUGCCAAAGCACAUUCCCAUAAUCUCCAGGUGCACCCAUACACCUACCGUAAUGACGGUUCAUUCUUGCACUACGACUUUCAUCAAGACCCAUAUGAAGAAUACCAUUACUGGAUUAACACUGUAGGAGUUGAUGGACUCUUUACAGACUUCCCAGGAACUCUCCAUAACUUUCAGGAAUGGACUUCACCUCUUUCUAAGGAGGAAAGUGCAUCUAAAUUAUUGCAUGAAAUAGCAUUGUUGACCACUUCAUAUAAAAACUGAUGGUGAAAACCAAAUUUAUUUGUCAUCUUUAGGUUCAGAUUCUCCAAGCAAUUUUGCUUAUUUGUUCAUAGGAGAGAGUUUCAGGCUUCCUUGUAUUGAAUUCCCUGCUGAGAAUAAUAAAUGACGUUUGAUGAGGUUAUUCCAUGGAAAA